AGACUCUGCAGACACACACGCGCGCACGCACGCGCACGCUGAGCUCCUGCGCUCAGCCCCGCCGUGUCGCUCACUAACGGGACAAGUUUAAACCUUCAGGAUAUCUUCCCCUCUCGACGUGAACGAGCCGCACUGAGGACGUUUACCGCUGCCGAAGGAUGACAAUAAUAAUGCUAGCGAUGACGACGAUGGGAGGAGGCCACGGCCGAAGGGGCAGCCCUCGCUAGAACCCCCCCCCCCCCCCCACCCGGCUUCAACCCCUCGCCCCCACCAUAACAUCCUCUCCUGCCGUCCCCUCCCCUCCCGCGACAUGGCCAACCACCUGGAGCUGAUCCAGGAGCUGCAGCAGCUGGACAAAGUGCCCAGCCUGGAGAGGCUACGGGCGGCCCAGAAGCGGCGUACCCAGCAGCUGAAGCGAUGGGCCGUGUACGAGAAGGAGAUGCAGAGCAGGAGGCGGAAGGCCGACAAGAAGGGACGCGGCGGCGGCGGCAACCUGCAGCCCGCGGGGCCCAAGAGGCACGUGUCGUUCGCCGCCAGCGUGGCUCUUCUGGAGGCGUCGGCCAGGAACGACCCGGAUGAAGUACGCUACCUGCUGAAGAACAACGUGAGUCCGGACCUCUGCAAUGAAGACGGCCUCACCGCUCUGCAUCAGUGUUGUAUAGAUAACUAUGAGGAGAUGGUGAAGAUCCUGCUGGGCCGAGGAGCCAGCGUCAACGCUCAGGACAACGAGCUGUGGACGCCGCUGCACGCCGCCGCCACCUGUGGCCACGCAGGACUGGUCAAGAUACUCAUUGCACACGGUGCCGAUUUGCUGGCGGUCAACUCCGACGGGAACAUGCCGUACGACCUGUGCGAAGACGACCCGACGCUGGACAUCAUUGAGACGGCUAUGGCCAACAAAGGCAUCACGCAGGAGAUGAUCAACGAAACGCGAGCCUCGACAGAGAUGAGGAUGAUGGGAGACGUGCAGGACCUGCUGGGGCAGGGAGAGGAGGUGAACCUGCAGGACUCUCAGGGAGCCACGCUGCUACACAUUGCGGCGGCGAGUGGCUACGUGCAGGCUGCAGAGCAGCUGCUGGAGGGAGGAGCUCGCAUGGACCUGAGAGACUGUGAUGGAUGGCAGCCGCUCCACGCUGCAGCGUGCUGGGGUCAGAUGCAUGUGGCGGAGCUGCUGGUGUCACAUGGAGCCAGUCUCAAUGCCAAGACCUUCCUAGAUGAGACCCCCAUCGAUCUGUGUGAGGACGAGGAAUUCCGAGCCAUCCUGUUGGACCUGAAACACAAACACGACAUUAUCAUGAAAUCUCAGCUCAAACACAAGACCUCGCUGUGCCGGCGGACGUCCAGCGCAGGCAGCCGCGGAAAAGUGGUGCGGCGAGCCAGCAUGUCGGACAGACACAACUUGUGCCGCAAAGAGUACGAGACCGAGGCCUUCGUGUGGAGGGGAGGGAGAGAAGAGGAGCACGAGAAGGAGAAGGAGUCCGAUCAGGACAAUAACCAGGUCAAACCAGCCGCGGCUGUGGAGCAGCAGCAGCAGCAGCCAGACCAGCACAAGCCUUCCACCAUCCUCAAAGAAGGCGGCGGCAAACCGAACGGCCUCAUCUCCACGACGACGUCCACGCCGCAGCCCCCGGCCCCGCCCUCCAACGGCGGCACGCAGCCGCCUGAUAAGCGCGCGGCCGCCCCCAGCCCGCCCCCCCAGGAGGAAGCCGUGCCGAGAGAGCGCCCCCAGACUCUGUCCGAGCUCAAGAAACAGAGGUCCGCCGCCAAAUUGCUGAAUCACCCCUUGUUCAACAACGGUCACCUGGGCAACGGCUCGGCCGAUUCCUUCACCGAUGGCAAAAACGACUCCGAGGACCCCCGCAUGCCGCUGGUCUCCUCCAACGGCAACGCGGUCUACUACACGCCGGCCAGCGGCGACCCGCCGCUCCUCAGACUGAAGCAGCCGGCGGAUGAGGAGCCGCCGAAGGUGCGAACCUGCUGCUGCGUGUCAUAGCAGCCUGGUCACGUGACUGUUGCCGGAGCAGAAGUGCUUUGCACAGAGGAGCGAGGGAGGGGCUGUAGGAAGGAAGGAAGGAAGGAGUGUUCCCUGUUUCUACGCAUCUCCCCACCCCUCCCCCUCCCUUUAAACUUUCUCUCCCAGAGAAGAUGGGCCCCCUGAGGAAUGUACCUCGCUGCCAAGUCCCUCCCGCCACAGUGGGAGACAUCUUGGGCGGGGCGAGUGUCCAGCGUAGCAGCGAGGAGGACAAGAACUGAGCAGUGCCACUUUGUUCCUCCGGGUGUCACUCGGAUUCAAAUUCAGUCUCCAAAAAGACAAGCGGAGAGAGAAGGACUGCGAGAAGCUGUCCCCUGUGCACCUUUAAGAAUCCAAGUGUGGGCGGAUCUUCUCUCGCCUGGAGCGGCAAAAAGGAGGAAAGUGGAGAAGAACUCGAGGUACAAGGGUCAUGUUCGUCCUCAGAGGUGAAGAAGAAAAAUACAUCAAGAAAAAGGUGGUUGUCGUGUAUUUCAACGCGAUCUUCUUCGGGACAAACGAGCAUUGUCGUCCGACCUCAUUCUCGUUUCUCGGUCAAAUGGGCAAGAAAUGCCACAGCCGAAUCUGCUAGAUGAACCCCAUCGCGUUGAACCAUCUGGAACGAUGAAACGUAGCAAAACGAGAUCUGUGACGUCUCGAGAGCAGAGCGCCGAGUCCUGCACGUGUGUUUGAAACUAUCGCUCCGUCGCCGUCGUCCUCUCGUAAUCAACCCUGAACCGACCGGUCGCGCUCGGGUUUUUAUGCAUUACUCGGUCUGCGCUCCCUCGUUUAGAUAAUUUAAGCAAACAUGGUUAAACAUGACUGUACAUUUCUUUAUUUAUGAAAUGAAUGUGUGAAGAGAAGAUUACGGUUCCUAAAGUUGAGUGUAUUUAUUUUUUUGGAUGUUGUGAGGAGAGCUUGAAAUGAAUGGACUAAUGGAGGGUAGGAAGGGUUCCUGUGUGCUAUGUUACUAAAAUCACGCAAACAAGCCAUCCUGUUGGGACGGAUUUAAUAACUGCGUCGCUACGAUUAAGUGUUAUUUGUUUCAUGUUUUUUUUUUUUUUUCUGGUGGCCAUUGUGUGGCUGUAUUUCACCCAUUCACUGUAUUUGUUUUAUUACAGAAAGUGUAAGUAUUAUGUAAUGAAUUACUGUUGCAGUAUGGAAUUGUAUACUUGCCUCCGUUAAUUAAAACAUUAAUCCACACAUGGCUUUGAUAUGUAGAAGCCCACAACAUUAUCAGGUGUUUCAUCAUUGAAUAAUGCUGAAAAUGAAGAAUUGAAUUAUUUUGAAAUCUGCUUUCUUGCAGAUGUUUGGAUGACAACACCAGAAGCGUCAUAUUUAAAUAUAAGAUAGUGAUCAAUCUCGCCGCUUAACUCCAUAUUUCCCAAAAUAUUGAACCGCUCCUUCAAUCUAAUAGCGUCUCCUAUAAUCUCCUACUGAGUGCCAAAGAGUCUCCCAUGAUUUAAAUGUGAAACUUUGGGGGUAAGAUUUUAUUUUGUUGCUGACGUCAUGUGACGACCCACAAUGUGUUAGUAAAUAUAUGUCUGAGUUGGUAUCCCUGCAUGUGUUCCCAUGUACUGCAUUUACAUGUAUGUGUUGUUACGUGUAUAGGAACAUAUAUGAUACAUUUACCCACAUUGUGGAACAUUGUUACAUACCCCCCCCCUUAUAUAUAUAUAUAUAUAUAUAUCUGCAAAAGACAUCGUCAUCACAGCCGUGACUUGAGUGUGCGGUCGGGUUUUCUUUCUGUGCAAGUAUUUUUCAACUCCAUUUGAGGAAGUACGAUUGAAGUCGCAGUCCAAGAGGUUGCCAGGUUCCUUAUUGUUCGCUUCCUUCCCUAUUUGUUGUUUUGAAAGCAGUCAAAGGCGGUGACAUCAUCACUAUUCGGCCGAAGCUUACUUGAGUCGCUCAAGUUAACAUUUAUCCUCGCUGCUGCAGUCAAUUCAAUCUAAAUGUCACUUUUGCUUCCUUAAUAAGGAAAUCUAAGUCGCGUUUAAUUGUGUUUUUUUUUUUUUUAACUACGACCUGGUCAGUGAUUAUCAGUAUUAGCUCAAACGUCUCCUGUUAAAUAGUACCUGGUGUUCUCAUAGAUCAAAGCUUGUGUUUGUCCUCUAUAACAGCAAGAUUAUAAAAACAAAAACUACUGAUUUUGUAACUCCUGGAAAGUGUGGAAGGUUGCAUUAACAUAUUUUGAAUAAAUUGUAUAUUUUGAGAAUUUUAAA